GCGAAACGGAGGUCGUCUUGUUUGAUUCCCAUGGAUAUUGCUUUCCUGUUGGAUUCUUCAGAUGCCGCUGGAAAGGCUGGUUUUCAGAGGGAGAAGGAGUUUUUCAAACUUAUGUCAAGUGCUCUAUCAUUGUCUCUCAGUGGUACUCGUGUAGGUGUAAUUUCUUACAGUGCACAAGCAAACCUCGCAGUGGCUCUUCAGGAAAAUACCACCGCCCAAAAUUUGCGAUCUGCCAUCGAUGCGCUUCAAUUUGUGGGAGGAACUCCCAGAAUUGAGAAGGCACUUGAAUCUGUCCUUACUGACUUGUUUACCUUCGAUAGGGGGACCAGGUCUGGAAUCCCAAAGGUAGCCGUUCUUUUGACGAAGGUAUCAGACUCAAACAUUUUGCAGUAUGAAACUCUCAGGAGGGCAGCCGCACCAUUAAAAACAGAAGGUGUGGAAUUAAUUGCCGUAGGUGUAGGCCGAGACGGCGAUCUUCAAGAUUUGCGUGUAUUAGUUGGCAGCGAGGAAUAUGUUUUAGGAACAGAGUCCUUUGAUAGGCUUUCUGAAUUGGUAGAAGACGUUACGCUUCUUGCAUGUAAAGCUGCAGAACCAAAACGGAUCAUUUAUCCUAUGGACGCUGCAAUCCUAGUUGACACGUCCGCUGGCAUUAGUGCCCUCAACUUCCGGAGGGAGAAAGCUUUUGUUAAGACUCUUAUAAGAAGUUUUACCAUUUCAAGGAACUUGAGUCGUGUAAGCCUGUUAUCUUACGGUAACAAAACAGAAGUCACCGUAAAUUUCUUUGACCAGCAAAACAGAGAAUUUCUCACACGAAAUGUCGAUUCUUUGCCCCUCUUGGGUGGGCCGUCGCAAAUAAAUCAAGCUCUAGAGGUCGCAGCUUCGCAGCUUUUCUCCCCUUCUGGUUCGUCUCGCGCCGCAGUGCCAAGGACUAUUGUGGUAGUAACGGAUGGUCGACACGAUCUUACGGUGGGCUCCGGUGGUCUAAAUGAGACAAUAGCCCUGUUGAGGCAAAAUGGCGUUAAGAUUCUAGUGGUGGCUGUUGGCGGUGAAGACGUUGACGAGGAUGGAUUGGGCAGCCUUGUUGAAGAGGAAGAUCAUAUAUUUACCGCUGAAUCGUUUGAAACUUUGGCCGCUAAAUUGGAGAAAGUCAGCACUGCAGCCUCCGAAAUUGCAGCACCUGACCGUUGUGGUAAAGUGACUGACAUCGCCUUUAUAAUGGACGCCUCGGACAGUGUUGACAGCCAGAGUUACCGCAUUCAAAAGGACUUUGUCAAAGCAAUCGCAAAGAGCUUCGGUUUGCAACCAGGGGCGAGCCGAGCAGGAGUCAUUCUUUCCGGCAAGAAACCAACAGUGAACAUUAAGUUUGAUGACUACUUGCAAACCGAAGACUUCAUAGAGGCGGUAGAUAGACUUCCUCACCCUCGCGGACAUGCUGGAAUAGACAAAGUCCUCGAUGUGGUUCUAACUCAGCUAUUGGUCAACAGAGGUGGUGCAAGACCUGGAUUGGGGAAGAUACUAGUGCUAUUAACAGCAAACACUCAAAAUCAAUCUCUAGAUACAAAGUUGCUGGAUAGUGUCACCAGAAGGCUCCAACAGUUGGGAGUGGCUUUGGUUGUUAUCGGUGUCGGUAAACAGGUGGAUGAUACACUGCUUCGUCCUUUGGUUACGAAAGGAGAGAAUCUUUUCCUAGAAAGAUCGUUUGAAAGUCUGAUGCUUAAAGCUCGACAAGUAGCACAAAUUACAUGUGACAACGCAGGAUACUCAAGAUGCAGAAACCCAGUUGAUGUCGCUUUUCUGGUGGACUCUUCGGGUAGUCUUGGCGAGGAAGGUUUCCGCGAGCAAAAGGACUUUAUAAAAGUGAUUACGAACACCCUCAAUGUAUCUCCCUCACACAGCAAGGCGGGUGUCAUCACUUACAGUGAUAGAGCUUCUGUGGCAAUAAAAUUUUCAGACUAUCAAUACCACGCGCAGUUGGUCAAUGCCCUUGACGCGCUGCCAUAUCAAGGUAAAACCACACGGAUUGACAGGGCCAUUGUGAAGGCCUCUAAAGAACUCAUGACAGUGGAAGGAGGUAGAAGAAAAGAUAUACCUGGAGUUAUGGUCAUAAUGACCGACGGGAGGCAGACUCAGGACUUUGACGUCACGCCUUUAGAGCAAGCAGCUGCGGUCUCAGAGGAAAUGGGGGUAACAACUUUGGUGCUCGGAAUUGGGGAACUGGCCAACGUGAAUGAGCUCAGAAAAAUGACUGCACGAGAUGGCGACGUUUUCUUGGCUUCCUCUUCUCGAGCUUUGAACAGUUUUGCACAACCAGUUGCCACAAGAAUAUGUAAUGCUGCAGCACCAAAGACAUGUGAUGUUCCACUAGAUGUUGCCUUUUUGGUUGAGUCGUCUGAGAACAUUUCACCAAGAGACUAUAAAAGAAUUAAAGAUUUCAUCAAAGAGGCGGCCACCUACCUGUCAAGAAGCGACAACGAACAGCAAGUUGGUGUCAUUGUGUUCAAUACCGAGGCCAAGAUAUCCAUAAAGUUUGGACAAUAUUGGUCCGAAUACGAUUUUGAUCGUGCAAUUGAUGAUCUUCCUCUAAACACAGGACCAUCCCAACUUGAUACAGCUCUUCGCGUUGCCACCAAAUUGUUCACUGCUGAAAAUGGAGCCAGACCCGGGGUUCAGAAAGUCGGCAUCGUAUUAACAAAUGGAAAGCAUCCUGCUGUAGAAGACCUGGAGGACCUGAAGGAUGUGGUAAGACCUCUUCAUCAAGCAGGGGUCCAUGUCAUACCCAUUGGAGUGACGUCGUCGGUGGAUUGGAAAAAAUUGCGCUCCUUAACUGUGGACGACAAGGAUGUUAUUGUGUCACAUUCUUGUGAUAGUUUAUCCAACAAGAUUAACUAUCUUUUCAGACGCAUUUGCCUCGAAGCUGCUUACAAAAAAUGCGAUGGGGUAGCAGAUGUGGUAUUUGCGAUCCACUCCUCGGGGACACUCAGCCCUUCAGAAUACCGCAAAGAAAAAGAAUUGGUGAAAAGAGUGGCGACAACUCUGAACAUUUCACCCGGUAGGAGCCGAGUAGCUUUAAUUCUUUAUAGCAACUUCGCCACGGCAGCCCUUAGACUUGACGAAAAGAUCACCAUGGAGUCUUUUGACAAUCUUGUGGAUAGCUUACCUCAUGAACGUGGAGUGACGCGCAUCGACAGAGCUUUAAAGCUUGCUCGAUCCAUUUUCGACUCCGACAGUGCUGUAGUGCGACGAGGAGUGCCUAAGGUAUUGAUAUUGUUCACCGAUAGCAAGCAAACCGUUGCUCAAGAUGCAUUUAAUCUGGUGGAAGCUGCCCGACCCCUACUCUAUGAGGACGAUGUUAGGAUUCUUGCAGUGGGAAUGGGAAAAAAUGUAGACGUCAGGGAGCUACGAGCUACAACAGUUGAUGAGAAGGACGUCUUUCUGUCACCGUCGUUGGAGAAUCUUCUCAGUUUAAGCGGAUCUUUGUCUGAGGCCAUGUGCGAGGCAGCCAAGCCUCCAAUUUGCCCUGAAGCCAUGGAUGUCGCCUUCCUGAUGGAUGCCUCCGGCAGUGUGGGAGCAGACAACUUUGAGAAGCAGAAAGAGUUCAUCAAAGCAGUCGCCGGUACUUUAGGACUUAAAAGUGGCUUAGCCCGCGCUGGGUCUCUGGUCUACAGUGACAUGGCAACAGUACAACAGUCAUUCAACAGCUGCAACGGGACUCAUUCGGUUGUAGAAGCAGUAGAUCACAUUCCAUACUAUGGUCGAACCACGCGCAUUGAUCGCGCCUUGUCACUUGCCAAUACAGAUCUGUUUAGUGAUGCCGGUGGAGUGCGAUCGUAUGUGGCUAACACUCUUUUACUCUUAACGGACGGCAGGCAAACUCCAGCAGCUGACUCGAUUUCCAUGGAACGCGCCGUGAAACCCCUUAAAGAAAAGAAAGUGAAAAGGAUAGCUUUGGGAAUCGGUAGUCAAAUUAGUCCCGAUGAGCUUCGCAAGGUCGUUGAUGGAGACGAAGACGUCGUUACAGUAGACAGUUUUGACGAUCUUAUCUCUUCAAUGCAUAUGGUAUCGGAAAAAUUAUGCACAAGUGCAGCUUUAAAGAAGUGCCCUGUUCCUGUAGAUAUCGCCUUUCUUCUGGACUCAUCAGGAAGUAUUGGUGAACCAAACUACCGCAAAAUGAAAGACUUUGUCAAGGCUGUUGCGAACACCUUUAUCAUCGGAUCAGGCAAAACACUAGCUGCAUUAAUUUUGUACGGUGACACCGCAACUACGGCCAUCCGAUUUAGCGAUCACGCGAACAACGCCAACUUCGACGCUGCAGUAGACGUUCUGUCGUAUUUGGGAGGUGAAACUCGCAUAGAUAAAGCCCUACAGCUUGCUUCCACAGAGCUUUUAACAGAACGUAGCGGCGCACGGGUUGGUGUUGCCAAAGUUGUGAUCCUCGUGACAGACGGGCGGCGGUCUCGAGCGCCCGACGGCGUUGAACUUCAGAAGGCUGCAAAGCCAAUUUUAUCGGCGGGUGUGCGUUUCUUUGCAGUGGGAAUUGGAACUGAGGUUGAUGAAAAAGAGUUACAACUUAUCGUUGACAGGAGAGAUGACGUCAUAUUGGUACCGUCGUAUAAUGGACUCGCCACGAGAGUGAGACAGCUGUCCCUUGCCACGUGUGAAAGCUCAGAAAUAGAAGCUUGUGAUAAUAUCAUGGACGUAGGUUUUGUCCUCGACUCCUCUGGCAGCCUAUCUGCAUCCGAAUUCCAACAAGUCAAAGACUUCGUCGAUCUCAUAGCUAACUCCUUCCUCAAAAACAAAGUCGGUAGCCGAGUGGGGCUUAUGCAAUACAGCAUCUUGCCGAAGAUGAAUGUUCGGUUUUCCGACGAACUCACGAGAGAGCAGUUCCGAAGUGUCCUGGACAAAGUUCGUUACGAGGGAGGCUACACUCGGCUCGAUCGAGCUCUCAAGCUAGCAGCUCAGGAGUUGUUUGUGAAUGAAGAAGGUUCUCGUAAGGACAUUCCUCGAGUCAUGGUUAUAAUAACAGACGGCAUCAACACGGAAGAGCCUGAUUCUGUAGCGUUAGACACCGCCGUCGCGCCUCUAAAACGCGCCGGGGUCACAGUGUUUGUUGUCUGCAUUGGUAGUGAGAAGGGCCGUGAUGAGAUGUACCUACUCACAGAACAAAACAAAAACUUGUACUUUGUUCGAACUUACAAUGAACUUUCUCUUCAGCUUCGGAAAGUAUCCAAGGACAUUUGCGAGAGUGGAGCCCUUCCUGGAUGCGACCGAGUGAUGGAUGUCAGUUUCUUGGUAGACUCUUCAGAGAGUGUUGGCUUACAAAAUCUUCAGAAACUUCUCGACUUCGUGCGCAGAAUUGCCAAAACCAUGCGUAUCUCCCCGAGAGGUAGCCAUGGAAGUCUCGUCGUUUUUAGUGACAACGCCAAAGUUCAAAUCAAACUUGACGACCACGAUAAUAUACAGGAAUUCAGCAAUGCUUUACGAGAUGUCCCCUAUAUGGGCCAAAAGACCCGGAUCGACAAGGCUUUGCGGGUUGCACUGAGCGGAGUUUUCAACAGUAGAGCCGGUAUGAGAGCCGGAGUACGAAGAGUGGCGGUCUUGUUGACCGAGGGUCAUCAAACGAGAACGUUCGAUGCGAUACCGCUGAGAUACGCGGUAGAACCACUGAGGCGCAGGCGAGUCAAUGUGUUUGCGGUUGGUAUCGGUAAUGAUGUACGUUAUAACGAACUCCGAUCUGUCACAAGUAGUGAUCAAAAUGUAAUGUUGGUGGAAACGUUUGACGACCUCGCAAGAAUUGGUGAAGAGCUGAGCCACAAGAUGUGUCGAGCGUUUCGACGUUACAGAGUUAGUGGAUUCAUUGAAGUCAAAGCGACUGCUGAAUUAAGGAACAUGGCGACUUUGUACGCGGAGUUUUUCGUGAUUUUUGCCCUGAUUCUUGUUACGGUGGAUUCUCAGUCAGGCGAAAGAAAACAAUGUACUCAGAAAUCAGACAUCGUAUUUGUGGUGGACUCUUCGGGGAGCAUCUCCAGACGAAACUUUAAAAGAGAGAAACUAUUCGUUGAAGAAGUCGCCUCGACCUUCAAGAUGGGUCCCGACCAAUCACAAAUCGCCGUUAUCUCAUACAGCGAGAGCGCUCAAGUCGACAUCAAAUUCGGGGAAUAUACCAACGUUAACGAUUUCACCGCUGCAUUGGGCGAAGUGCGACAUCAACGAAAAAGAACACGCAUCGACUUAGCGCUUAAACUUGCUGCCGAAAAAGUCUUCACCGCCGAGGGUGGAGCGCGUCCUAACGUCACCAAGGUGAUGGUCAUUUUGACAGACGGACAACAAACUGAGACGAACGAUAGUACGCCGCUGGACGAGGCUGUACGGCCGCUUUUGGACAUGAACGUGACCAUUUUUGCUGUCGGUGUUGGGAGCGCUAUCGAUAUUACCGAGUUAUUAGAGUUGGUGGGUUACAAGGAUGAGAAUUUGUUCAGGGCGGAAAAUUUUGAUCAAUUGGCAAGAGACAGUGUAAAGGUUGCUACUCAAACAUGUAAACAACUACAGCCAGUUCAUGGUAACUGGUCUGCCUGGGCAGAAUGGAGUGACUGUUCUGCUUCUUGUGGAGGAGGGAUCCAGGGACGUCGACGUUACUGUAUAAAUCCACCGCCCAAAAAUGGCGGCCGAGAUUGCUCUGGCAAAGGAUACGAUGUUCAGAGAUGCAAUACGCAAGGUUGUCCAGUAAACGGAUCUUGGACUGAGUGGAGUGACUGGGGUUCCUGUAGUCUUACCUGUGGUGAUGGCGGAAUCAAGAAACGUAUUAGAACUUGCACCAACCCUCCCCCGGCCAACGGUGGAUUGGAGUGUGAGGGAGCUGGGGAGGAGACAGAAGCAUGCAAAGCUGGAGAGUGUCCAGUGGAUGGAAAAUGGGGCGAAUGGAGUGACUGGGGUGUUUGCUCGAGAUCAUGUGGAACCGGAAUUCAAUCACGCUUUCGAGACUGCGAUAAUCCACCACCAGCACACGGAGGAAAGCAGUGUCCAGGGUCCAGCACGGAGACGCGCAACUGCAGCACAAAUAACUGUCCAGUGGACGGUGGGUGGACUGUCUGGAAUCAAUGGGGCAGGUGUUCGAAAUCUUGUGGCGGUGGGUCACAAACCAGCUCUCGCACGUGCACAAAUCCUCCCCCGGCACAUGGCGGUAAAGAAUGCAGCGGAGAAAGUGAACGGUCACGUGAAUGUAACACGCAGCCCUGUCCAAUCGACGGUAGAUGGAGCGAGUGGAAUCAAUGGGGCACUUGUUCUAAAUCUUGUGGCGGUGGAACACAGAACAGCUCUCGCACGUGCAUAAAUCCUCCUCCAGCACAUGGUGGAAAAAAUUGCAGCGGAGAAAGUGAACGAACUCGUGAAUGCAAUACGCAGCCCUGUCCAAUUGAUGGUAGUUGGAGUGAUUGGAGAGAGUGGGGUCCUUGUACAAAAUCCUGUGGUGGCGGAGAACAGAGGAGAACACGAAGUUGCACCAAUCCAUCACCUGCUUUUGGUGGCAGAAACUGUAUUGGAGAACGACAACAGACACAAACCUGCAAUCAGAAUGUGUGUCCAGUGGACGGUCAGUGGAGCCGCUGGACGGACUGGACUAUCUGUUCCAGGACAUGUGGAAUUGGACUCAAGAAACGCUCUCGAACUUGUACAGAACCAGCACCUGCUCACGGAGGCAAGGGUUGUGAGGGAUCAGCAGAUGAAACACGGGAAUGUAGCGAAAGAAUUUGUCCAGUUGACGGUGGAUGGAGUGAAUGGAAGGGCUGGACGCUAUGUUCAGCUUCAUGUGGUAACGGAACUCAAGAACGUGAACGCUCGUGCACAGAACCGCGCCCAGAAUUUGGUGGGAAAGAUUGUGAUGGUAUCAGUCGGGAAACCAAGACAUGUCAAACAAUACCAUGCCCAGUGCAUGGUCAGUGGAGUGAGUGGAAGGAGUGGACAUCCUGUUCAAAGACUUGUGGCACUGGAACACAAGAAAGGGAACGUUCGUGUACCAAUCCGCCCCCAGCGUUUGGUGGGGAGGAUUGCGUCGGCUUGGGAAGGCAAAUCAAAUCAUGCCAGGAAAAAAUUUGUGCAGUUCACGGAGGCUGGAGUCCCUGGAAGGACUGGGGCUCUUGUACCAAAACAUGUGGAUCUGGACAACAAACAAGAGAGCGAAAAUGUGAUAGCCCCAGGCCAGAACAUGGAGGAAGACCGUGUGAGGGGUCUGGAGAACAAGUGCGAGUGUGCAACACCAGGCAAUGUCCAAUUGAUGGACAGUGGAGUGAAUGGAAACCUUGGACAGAAUGCACAAGAACUUGCGGCGGAGGAGUUCAGACGCGUGCCCGCACGUGCACUCAACCCAGUCCCGCGUAUGGGGGAAAAGAUUGCGAAGGUCGUAUAGACGAGACUAGACCUUGUGGCACUGACGCAUGUCCAGUCGAUGGGAACUGGGCCGAGUGGACAGAGUGGCGGGAAUGUUCCAGGUCCUGCGGCGGUGGAUUCCAUUCGCGAUCAAGAACCUGUACCAAUCCCCGCCCGAAACAUGGUGGGAAAAACUGUUCGGGAAGACCCGAUGAGACUCGGCCUUGUAACACGCAGACUUGCCCAGUGGAUGGCCAGUGGAGUGACUGGACUGACUGGACGGCCUGCUCAAAGUUGUGUGGUACAGGUGAGCGAGAGAGGACCAGAACCUGUACCAAACCGGCCCCAACCAAUGGCGGAAAACAAUGCUCUGGUCGAGAUCGGCAAACACAGGAGUGUAAUGUUCAACCAUGCACAGGUUGCUCUGAAAUCGCUGAUAUUGCCUUUCUGGUGGAUGCGUCGGAAAGCAUGACAGAAAAAGACUUUGAAAAAGAGAAAGACGUCAUCAAGAAAGUUGCAGCUACCUUCGACGUCGGCGAAACUAAGUCCCACCUCGGUCUCAUCUCAUUCAGCAGUAACGCAAACAUCGACGUGAAAUUUGGAGACCUUUUGGACCUGCGCAGUUUCCAAGACGAAGUCGACAAAAUUCCAUUUUCAGCCGGUGGCACACGAUUUGACAAGGCGUUCGGCGUAGCGGCCAACGGGCUGUUCUCUCCUAACGGCGGAGUUCGCUCUAAUCUCCCCAAAGUCCUGAUCAUCCUUACAGAUGGCAAGCAGAGCGCUGAUUUUGAUGCUGUGCCAGUGGAGAAAGCGGUGCUUCCCUUGCGCCAUCUUGGCGUCCGGGUUUUCGUCUUAGCAAUCGGGAGCCAAAUCGACAUGGUAGAGCUUCAACAAAUGGUAACAAAUCCAAAAGAUAUUCUCGUAGUGAAUAAAUUUGACGAGCUGUUAGAUGACGUGAAAAAGAUUGGAAACAAAACUUGUGAAACCAUCAAAAGACCCGAACUUCUCUGCACCGAAAAGGCUGAUGUUGCUUUUCUCAUGGACGGGUCUGAGAGCAUGACAGAGCAAGAUUUUGAGAAGCAGAAGGACUUUGUAACAAGAGUUGCUGAAUCAUUUCAUAUGACUCCAACAAUGACUCAAUUUGCCCUCAUUACCUACAGUAGCAGCGCAAACCUGCACAUUCGGUUCAAAGAUCACAUGAAUCAGAGCGCUUUUAGCACGAUAGUAAGACAACUUCCCUUCGCGGCUGGUGGAACACGAUUUGACAAAGCUAUCAAGCUCGCAGCGGAGAACGUUUUCACAGAAGAAAGUGGAGCACGGCCUGGUGUGCCAAGGGUUAUGAUCAUUCUCACAGACGGGCAACAGAGUCAAGACUACGACGCCCUACCUCUGCAACAAGCUGUCCUUCCAUUGCACCGCCUCUCGGUCCAGGUUCACGCUGUCGCGAUCGGCAAUCAAGUCAAAAUGGCGGAGCUACGCAAGUUAGUACAGAAAGAAGAGGAUAUUUUCAGCAUAAAGGACUUUGAUAAUUUGGUUAACAAGUCUCGCCAAUUGGCCAGGAAAACGUGCGAUAUCAUAACGCGUCCUCCUCAAGUUGUGAAAUGUUCUGAUGACACAGACGUUGCCUUCGUAGUCGACACAUCUGGAAGUAUCAGUGACGAGAACUUUGUUAAACAAAAAGACUUCAUCAAAGUUCUUGCCUCUGCAUUCGACCCCUCCAUAGAAGACCAUCAGCUCGGUCUAAUAUCAUAUAGCAGUGACGCCCAAGUAGAAGUCAGCUUUCGAGACAAAGCCGAUGCAGCACAAUUCGAAAGCGCCGUCGACCGUGUUCCACAUACGAAGGGGCGGACGCGCCUUGAUAAAGCGUUGGCGUUAGCGGCUACUCAAAUGUUUUCCACCAGCGGCGGCACACGCUCGGGAAAACGUAAAAUCAUGGUGAUCCUUACAGAUGGACGGCAGAGUCAAGAUCCAGAUACGAUACCCCUUCAGGAAGCUGUCAGUCCUUUACGAAAGCUUGGUGUACGCAUAUAUACAGUGGCAAUUGGAGACGAGGUCGAUCUUAACGAACUUUAUCAAGUUACUGAAGGGAAAGAAGAUGUGUUCCCCGUUAGUGAUUUUGCUAACUUGGCUAACAUGGCAACCGACAUUGCUUCGAAAACGUGCAAAGUAAAACCUUUCCGAGCUGAAUGUAAAGAACGCAUCAACUUGGCUUUCGUUAUGGAUAUGUCAAGUAGUAUCACAGCCAAAAACUACCCAAAACAAAAAGACUUUAUCAAAAGAGUGGCAGACACAUUUUCGAUCUCAGAGACGCAGACGGACGUUGGUGUUAUCACUUACAACCGGGAAGCCAAGUUAUGGAUCAGUUUCGGACAGUACAACAACAACAACGAAUUUAAAGAUGCUGUUGACAAGAUUCCAUACUGGGGAGGUCAAACGCGAAUCGACAACGGUCUUGAAAUGGCAGCUGUUUCGCUUUUUGGUGAGUUGAAAGGCGAACGCGAAAAGCUCCCAAAUGUGCUGAUUCUACUAACGGACGGCCAGCAAUCUUCAGAUCUGAAAGCUACGCCUUUAGAGGAAGCCGUGGUGCCGUUGUUUCAGCUCGGUGUUAAGGUGUUUGCUGUUGGGGUUGGUGACCAGUUCUCGCGCGAUGAGCUAAGGUUGAUUGUUGAAAAGGAUCGCGACAUCUUCACUGUGAAUGAUUUUGAUGACCUGCUCACGAAAUCUCACGAGAUUGCUCGCACAGCCUGCGACGCAGCUGAAAAUUCACAGGGAUCAGCCGGUAAUUACCAGCCAAAGUCUUGUUUCAAAAACAUAGACGUCGGAUUUACUGUCGACUCUUCAGAUAGCGUCGGCGAACAGGGAUACCAAAAACAGAAAGAGCUUGUUCAGCGGCUCUCCUCCUUUUACGAUAUCUCAAAACAGGACACCAGGAUCGGAGUUGUAAUAUACGGUGAUAAAGCUUUCACUACCAUCGGGAUGAACAGUUACCGCGACUCCUCCAUUCUCCAACGUGCUGUAGGGUUUCUACCCCGUCUCGGUGGAGGCAACAGAAAGGAGAAAGCCUUGGUUGCAGCUAGGAAGAUGUUCAAGGCAAAACGACCACCGAGCCAGUCGGGAGCUUCGCAGCCAACCAAAGUUCUAGUCUUCAUUACAGAAGGCCCGCAGUCUGCCACAGAAUCUGACACAUUCUCAUUAUACCACGCGGUUCACCCUCUCGAGAGAAACGGAGUCCGUGUUAUUGCGGUGGGGAUUGGGUCCAAAGUGGUAUAUCAGGAGCUCAGAAGCCUUGUGCUAGAUUCCAAUGACAUUUACCUGACAACGUCAUUGGAUGACGUAGACAAAGUAUCACGUGAUCUGAUCAAGCUGAUUUGUAAGGUAAGUUGAGAUUUCAUUGUAACGCUAAAAAAAAUAAUCUACCAGCUGGCUUUGUCGAUUGCAACAUCUUUCUUCAAUCCCUGAACCCCCUUUCCGAGCUUAAGAUUCACCAUCUAACUUGUGGCUUUCCACAUUACUGAUCCUGCCAGUUUGCUGGAUGUGAUAUGGACCUAUUAAUGGAAGAUGAUUUGGUUCCAUCAACUUAGUUGAUAAUGUAAAUUGGCCACUGUCAAGAGUUUUUAAAGCGGACGUUUCGAGCGUUAGUCCUUCGUUAGAGCGUUAGCAGUGCCUUAAGGUGAUUCUAUGGGGCGCCGAAUCAAUCAAUAUUCCCUCUGUAUUUCUAUGACCCAGUUUACUAUUUACAUGGACAAUUCGACUCUUAAUAUGGUCAACUCGACUUUUUACGUGAUCAACUUUUUACAA